CUCGGGGAAAAAUGUCAGCACGUUUUGAGAACGUUCCUGUGGUCGAAGUUUCAGCGGACAAUUUUGCAGAAUUAUGGCCUUUUAUGGUUCGUGCAAUAAAAAAAUCUUCAUUUGUGGCACUGGACACGGAGAUGAGUGGAAUUGGUGAGAGAAAGAAUCUAAUGACACAAUUUGUUGAAGACCGGUAUAAAUACAUGUGUGAAGUGGCACAAUCCAGGGCCAUUCUCUCUCUUGGCAUUUCUUGUUUCAAAUUGAAGAAGAAAAAGAUGAAUAAUGAAACAGAAUGCAAAGAAUCUGGAACAAAACUGAACAUCAGGAUCAAGACAUUUAACAUUGUCGUCCUUUGCACUGAAAACUUUGUGGUAGAACCAAUGUCUUUGACAUUUUUGGUCGGACAUGGCUUUGACUUUAACAAACAGUAUGCCAGAGGGGUUCCAUAUUCAAGAGGAGAUGAUAAGUUACAGGUAAAAUCUGGCACACCACAGUACUCUGUGAGAAAUCUCUUCAAUCAACUUAUUCUGGCCAAUAAACCUAUUGUCGUUCACAAUGGUUUUUUAGAUUUGGUGUUUUUGUAUGAGAACCUCUACUGCAAGUUGCCUGACAAACUACAAGUGUUUACUGCAGAUUUAGCAGAAAUGUUUACAGCUGGUGUAUUUGAUACCAAGUUUGUGUCAGAGUACAGCGUGAGGGAACCUGCAUCAUUCUUGCUCUAUAUUUUCAAAAAAUGCCAAAGGACCAACAUUCAUCAUCAAAACCAAGGAAGAAAGUAUGUUUGUCCAAAAUUUCGCGAAGAAGCCUCACUAUCAAGUUUCACUGAGCACAUCUAUUGUGGGGCACGUGAUGAAAGCGAGGCUGUUAAUGUUGACGUCAUGGUCUGUGAGAAAUUUGCGGCUUAUGGAUUUUGUCCUCGGGAAAAAUCCUGUUCAUUUUCACACGACGUCGAUGAUGUUUUGGAUCGUGAGUGGAGAGUGAAAGAAACCAAGAGGCUGAAACGAAAACGAAAACGUCACAACUCUGGUAAUAAUGAAUGCGAUGUAACUAAAACACAUGGUACUGAAAAUUCGCCCCAAACAGACACUUCGGAGGUAGUGGGUGCACGUGAUAAACAGGACACUCACGUGACGUAUCUGCGUGAUGCUCACGUGAGUCAAUCCAACGGCGUCAAGACACGUGACUGUGGUCACAGAGCAGGUUUCGAUGCGUUUAUGACCGGCUAUUGUAUGGCGACUUAUCUAUUACAGCUUGGCAAAGAAAGUGUUGAUAACGAACUCAGCCUCUCCUCCCUAGUGGAUGUUGCGAACAAGCUAAGCCUUACAAGGAAAGACGUUCCAUUACAAAUCACUCGAAGUCAUUUCACUCGACCGUCAGCUUCGCACGCUGAAAAACUUAAACGACUGAAAAAUCAGCCUGAGUCGUCAGAACAGGCAUAUUGAAAUAUUUAGCACUGCUAAAUUUCUUUGUAACAUUUCAAAAUGUCAAUUUUUAAACUAUUCCUCUCCAAAACAUUUCAUUAUUAAUUUUUUCAUUUUAUUGUUGCA